AUGGCUACCACAUUCGAUGAACAGCCUCUUCAGGCAGUCGAGAACGAAUACGUGGACGCCGCACCGGAAGAUGCAGCUCCCCAGACCAAAGCGAGUGUAAACCCUGACCCGAACGCUGCUGAACCAGUCGCGCGCUUCAGCAAGGGCGAAGUUGUGCGCAAACCAGUGUUUACGAAUGGCGAACGAACGACAGGCGUCUUUACCGUUUACGACCGCAAAUUCAACCGUGCCAGGGGAUACCAUGAGUAUCAGCUCCGGGAUGUCUAUUCCCUGGAGAUGGCAAGUGGCUGGACCCGCGAGAAGGAUCUGAAGCCUCGCAGCUGA